AUGCGUGCUGCUUCUAUCUUUUCUAUUUUUCAUGUUUCUAUACGUCGCAUGUUUUUUUCUUCUUUGUUCAUUCACUUAAACAUUCAUUCCAUUGCUCAUUUACUCAAUUAUUCAUCCGCUCCAAUAUUUCGUUUUCUCUCGUGCUUCCUGACUUUCAGCUCUUUCAUAAUCUGUCUGUCUGUUCGAGUUAGUUCGAAUCUCUUCAACCUUUCUAAAAAAAAAUUAUUUCUCAUUCUAUCCCUCUCUUCUAUUCUUUUUUUCGAUAUCGUAUCCGUCUUAAUUUCUUUUCUCAAUUAUUUUAUUAUUUAUUCUUACUCUGCUUAUAUUCACGUUUUUAUCUUUUUAUCUACAUUUGAACAUUCACUGAAAUGCUCCUUUUCCCCUCUCUAUCAUUCAAACGCAUUCUCACAAUAUAAAUCAACUACUAAAAUGACUCUGUAUAUAUCCAUUGGCUUAUUUUAUUGUCUCCAUUUUCCGUUUUUUAUACAGUUUCUCUCUCUCCCUGCAUAUCUCACAAUUCUUAUUUACCAUUCUUUCACUUAUGAUUUCUUCCUUUCUUUCUGUCUGUCUGCCUGUCUGUCUGCCUGUCUGUCUGUCUGUUUCCCUCUCUCUCUCUCUCUCUCUCUCCAUUACGCCUUCUUGUUGCAUCUCCAUUCAUCUAUUAUCUAA